UCCCUCGACCAUGACCUUGACCAAUUUACAACAGGGUUAGUUCGGUUGAAUUGAAUGCGAACUCAAAUUAUGUAUACGUUUCUGGUCAAGGAUCUUGAUCUUUACAUAAUUAGAGAUAUCUGUGCUGAGCAAUAGAGCUGGUUUUUUGGGUUUCUCAUUUGCUUUUCCCAUGGUUGGCUUACUCGACGCAAAAGAUAGCAAAGCUCCUAUGGCUCCCAUAUUCCUACUUCUUGGUUUUCUGAUAUCGAGCCUAGAAUUAACAGGUGCACAAUCUGUCGGUGUAUGUUAUGGAAAAAAUGGCAAUAAUCUACCAGCUGAUGGAGAAGUCAUAGAACUAUAUAAAAGCAAUGGCAUUGGAAGAAUGCGGAUAUAUGAACCAGAUCAAUCAAUUCUCAACGCCCUUAGAGGAUCAAACAUAGAACUCAUCAUUGGCAUCUCUAACAACAACCUUGAAGCCCUCACUGAUGCUGCAGCUGCAACAAAUUGGGUCGAGAAGAACGUCAGAAACUACUGGCCGGAAGUAAAGUUUCGAUACAUUGCUGUUGGGAACGAAGUACAUCCUAAUGAAAAUGAAGCCCAAUUUGUUCUACCUGCCAUGCAAAACAUUCUUAAUGCAACUGCAUCUGCCAAUUUUAAUGACCGAAUAAAGGUGUCAACAGCCAUAGACACAACUUUGCUGGGAAAUUCCUACCCUCCAUCAGAAGGCUCAUUCAGUGACUCUGCAAGUUCAUAUAUAAACCCAAUCAUCAAAUUCCUUGUCAAGAAUGGUGCACCACUUCUAGCCAAUUUGUACCCCUACUUUAGCUAUAUAACUAACCCUCAAGCCAUCAGCCUUCCAUAUGCCUUAUUUACUUCACAAAGCGUUGUGAUGAUGGAUGGUAAUCAUGGAUACAGGAAUCUCUUUGAUGCAAUGUUGGAUUCUCUGUACUCUGCUCUUGAGAGAGCCGGUGCACCUGAUUUGCAGAUUGUAGUAUCAGAGAGCGGUUGGCCAUCAGAAGGUGGUGCUACAGCUUCAAUACAAAAUGCAGGCACUUACUACAAGAAUUUGAUUAAUCAUGUGAAGGGUGGGACUCCUAAGAGGCCUGGACAUGCAAUAGAAACAUAUUUGUUCGCCAUGUUUGACGAAAACCAGAAGAGCGCGGCCACAGCAAUUGAAAGACAUUUUGGUCUCUUCUUACCUGACAAACAACCCAAGUACCAAAUCAGUUUUGGCAAUAGUAUUUUCUGCGUGGGAAGAGGAAUCUUUGUGAGUAUACUAUAGCCACAUAGAUGCAUGUUUUCUAUAUCCGAGUAUGUGCUAGUUUUUUUAUUAAACGAAAAAAAUGAAUUGGUCUUAA